AUGACUAGAAAGAACGUUAACCUUGCUUAUAUCACUAACAACUCUGCAAGAAAUGCCACAUUCAAGAAAAGGAAGAAUGAGCUGAUGAAGAAAGUGAGCGAACUUAGCACUCUUUGCGAUAUCAAAGCCUGUGAAAUUAUUUACAGCCCUUAUGACUUGCAACCAGAUCUUUGGUUUUUCCCUCUCAGAGCCCAACACGUGCUUGUUGACUUUAAGAGGAUGCCCGAGAUGGAGCAGAGCAAGAAGAUGGUGCAUCAAGAAAGCUUCAUGCACCAGAGGGUCAGUAAGGCAACAGACCAACUAAAAAAGAAGCGCAAUGAUAAUUGCAAGAAGGAGAUAACAGAUAUCAUGAUAUACUUGAGUGAUCCGGUAGAACAAGUGAAACAUUUGGCAAUAGUGCUAAGGAUACUUCGAAGAGCCAAGUUGCAUGCAAAGUUCAUUAGAUGUGAGUUUUGGUUAGAUCAAAUAGCAUUCUUGGCCCAUAUUGUGUCAAAAGAUGGGGUAUCUGUUAACCUAGCAAAGGUAGAGGCAAUGGUAAAGAGGAUUCUAUGGUGCAAAAGUUGUAGUAGCAGUAGAUGUGGUCAAGGAUGGGAUGAUUCGUCUAGCAUAGUAGACCAAACUCAUAGGGUUGCGGAGGGAACAUGGGAUCCGGUGCG